UUCCGCCUUCAAACGAAGUGUAACGGCAAAUAUAGCUCACCGGAAGAAUUGAUGAUCAGUGCAUAUAACGGCACACAAGCUAAACUCCUCAACAUUAGCGGGGAGACUAGCCAGUGACGAUUCGACAAGGUUUCAAUCAGAGCAUCAAAUAUCUUCUCCGCGUGAAUUACAAGGAUGAACACAGAGCACCGGGCGCACUGUAAGCCAGCUAUUCACUUAUGGGAAUUCUUGCUGGACUUACUGGCUGAUGGUCGCUAUAGCAGCAUCAUCUCCUGGACAAACAGAGAAAGUGGAGAAUUCAAGCUGCUGAACCAGGAGGAGGUUGCGCGCAGAUGGGGUCACCUGAAGCACAGACCAGGCAUGAACUAUGACAAGCUCAGCCGCGCGCUGAGGUACUAUUACCAGAAGGGGAUUAUUAAAAAGGUUCACGGCCAGAGACUAGUUUAUAAGUUCUGUAAUCCACCUUCCUUCCCGGAAAAGUCCCCCUCCCCUUCCCCCCAAGGGGACAACGCAAGCCUAAAAAGAGAGCCACUAACUUCAAUAUUACUGCCAAAGCAGGAGGAGUUUAUGAAUUCAUCGAUACAAUGCGUGACUUUUGCUCCGCCAUCCACUAUAGUAUCCAAGUCGCAUUAUGGGCUUCCUGUGGUGCCAGUCCCAGUGCGCAUGUCACAUGAUCACGUGACGUAUAAAUACUUGUUGCCUGUCCGCGUGGUACCGCGAUGUAAGCCGAUCUCAGUUAUAAAGAAAACAUGAAUGGCUCCACCAUCUCUGUCUAAUGUAAUAUUGCAAAUAUUUUAUGAUGUGUUUGAAGAUGAAAACACACAAUGUACAUAGUGAAUAAACAAAAAAUACACGGAACGUAUAGAAAA